AUGUUGGCUCAGUUGGACUGGUCUUGGUUCAUUGAAUUGUUUUCAGAGUCGUUUAAUGCUAUACCCUAUAUUUCAGCUGCAGGCUUUGGUGGGAAGUUACUUGGCGUGUGUGGUAAUGGGAUGGUCCAAUCGUUUAUCAAUGCACGGACUCUAACUCCUUCAGCGCCUGGAUUAAACUUCAAUGAUGUUGACAAGAAAAAGAUGUACGGAAUGAUUUCAUUUGAAGAAAUCGAUACUGAAGUUUCUGAGCUGAAGUUUAUGCUCAUACUUUCAGGAAAUUUGAUGCUGAAUGAUUAUGAAGGUACUUCGUUCUUGGUUAGCUUCUUCUUUCUGGAUGUGCUGUCUCUUUUCCUCCCUGUUGACAUCCACUACCCCAUUCCCUAG